AAGCAAGCAGCAGGAUGGUCCUCUGUGCGCUGAGGCAACAGGUCCCGAGGUGCAGCAGUCACUGCAGAACCUGGGCCAGGCUGCUGCAGAGACAGAGGAGUAGCUGUGUUUACUCCAGCAUCCACGGCUUCAACCAGGAUGAGAUCAAAGAGAAGCUUCAGGCCUUUCAUGGAGGCUCCAUUGAUCUGCUGAAACAGGACUCUGGCAUUGCGGUGCUGACCAUCAACAACCCAUCUCGCAUGAAUGCUUUCUCUGGCAGUAUGAUGAUAGAUCUGGAGGAAAGGGUGAGCCAGCUGGAGAACUGGCCAGAGGGCAAAGGCCUCAUAGUUCAGGGUGCGGCUGAAACGUUCUGCUCUGGGUCUGACCUUAACGCUGUCCGAGCAAUAUCUAACCAACAGGAUGGGAUGAAGAUGUGUAUGUUCAUGCAGAAUGCUCUUACGAGGCUGCUCAGGCUCCCCCUGAUCUCUGUUGCUCUGGUGGAAGGGAGAGCAUUGGGAGGCGGUGCAGAACUCACGACUGCCUGCGAUUUCAGAUUAAUGGAGGCAGGCAGCGUGAUCCAGUUUGUCCAUAAACACAUGGGUCUGGUCCCAGGCUGGGGCGGUGCUGGCCGACUUGUCCACUUGGUUGGAAGCCAGAACGCACUGAAGUUGCUUGGCGGGGCUGUAAAAGUGGAUCCCGAGCUUGGCGUAAACAUUGGACUGGUGGAUGGAGUCCUGGAAGGCCAUCAGAAAACAGAAGGUGCUGCCCCUCUCCUGCAGCAGGCUGAAAACUGGCUCAGUCGCUACACAAAGGGACCUGCCCCAGUGAUCCAAGCUGUGAAGAAGGUGGUGCUGUCAGGCAGAGAGCUUCCUUUGCCUGAAGCUCUGAGGACUGAGAAGGACAUAUUUGGGACGGUGUGGGGCGCUCCGGCUAACCUGGAGGCCCUGGCGAGCAAGUCCAAACACAAAUGACUUUUGUGGAAACUAAUUUUAGGGGACUAAAGUUAUAUAUUUGUUUUGAUUGAGUACUUUUACUAGGUGCAUCUGUUCAAGUGCAGUGAUAGUGAGAGAUGAGUCAUUGCACAGUGCUGUGGUUGUGAUUCUUGUUGCAUCUCUUUGACUUUAUGCCUACAAGUUUAGAUGUUAAGAAGCAAAAACACCCACUGAAGCUUCCUUUUUUAAUGUUGUAUACAGAACUUCCAGGUAAAGUAAAUAAAUACAAAUCUGGA